UCCUGUAUCUGCGUUACCAAAAUUAUGCUUGCAUGGCUGCUUGCACUAAGCUUGACUGUACAAGCUGCUCAAAUUAGAAGAUGGAGAUGAAACUGAAGACAGCCCACUGAUUGCUACUGGAGAAAUCAAUGCCUUGCAUAUGGCAAAAGCAGGAGAAAAGCAGUCUUGAGCUCGAUAAAACAGAAGCAAAACCUCUCCGAAGAGUUCAGAGAAAAAAAAACCCAGAUGCUGAACUGUAAUUCUAUCUCCUGUGGAGUCCUGCCUAUUGCUGCUGCUUCCAGCAAAAGCAGUGAUAUGCUGACACCUUGCAGAAGCUCCAGAACACCUGGCUGUCUCUCAAGGGUACCUACUGUGGCUGCCCGCUUCAGCGCUCAGCUCUGCUGCACUGAAGAGUGAGGACUGAGUCCAUCAAAGGCUCCUGCAUCUGAGCUCCUGCCAGCACUGCAAGUAACUGACCAGCUUCUUAGAAGAUGAUGUUUAUUCCUACUUGAAGCUGCCAUUUGAGAAACAGAAGAAGAAUGUGGACGAAUCCAAACCUCCGCUGUCUUUUAGCGCUAGCUAUUUCAUGUUUAACAAGCUUAGUGCAUAGUCGAGACAUAGGUUCUCAAGGGGACCCCCAGAAUUUAAAAUGUGUCACGCACAAUUUACGUAAAGUGGUCUGUACUUGGGAUAUCUCAUCUAAAAGAAGACAUGGACAAACUGAGUUUUGUUACACUACAGAUGACGUCAUUCCAAAGUGUUUUAAAACUAAGGAGAAAAAAGUUGAGAUUCCAGUCCCAGAGAGCUCCACCACGAUGAAAAUAACCACAUACAGCAUUUCUGGAACAGCCUUUGCUACUAGACGCUUUGAAAUUCACAAGAAAAACAUCUCAUUUGUUCCACUCGCUCCACACAUUCUUAGUUUAACACCUGACUUUUCAACUUCCACGUUAACUCUGAAGUGGAGUGAUAAUGGAUCAGCCUUCCCAUAUGGAGUGGACGCUUCUUGGGAGAUUGAGAUACUCCGUAAGGAAACAAUGGAAGAUGUCACACGAGAAUUUUACAAUUCAAAACUGACCCAUGAAGACAUCAUCCAUUCUUGGAACUGGAAAUCAGACAUGCCUUUGGAGUGUACAUCGCAUUAUGCAAGGAUUCGCUGUUAUAUUAAUAUAACACAAUUUGAUGGCAAGAAGGAUUGGAGUGACUGGAGCCCAGUAGAAGUAGUUCCUGGAAAAGAUACUGAGCCCAGUGGAAGUGGACUUUUUCCUCAGGACACUGUGGUGGCAGUGGGUUCAAAUGUGACAUUUUGUUGUGUCCAUGAAGAAGGACGGCAGGUACAACGGAUGUCAUAUGGAGCAAAAGAUUACCCCCUAAUACGUCUGAGCAGUCGGAGCAGUGCAAUCAGAGUGCUAAAUGCCAGUGCUUCAGAUGCCAGUGGGACAAAUAUAGUGUGCAGAAUGUCUGAAAAUGGGAUGGAUGGAACUGUCUUGUUUGUAGGAUAUGGCCCUGAUAUUCCCGAAGACCUCAGCUGUGAAACAUCCAACUUUGUGAUAAUAAAAUGCACCUGGAAACCAGGUAGAGCCAGUGGACUGUACGGAGUACGUGGAACGAAGUACAGUUUAAUUGAAAGUAUAUCUGGUAAAAAUGUUUCCUGUGAUGUAAAUGAAAUGAAGAAAGAACGUGUUUGUGGCUUUCCAGUUCUGGCUGAUCAGAAAACCUACAGUUUUGUAUUAGGAGUUUCCAAUCCUAUUGGACAAACAGAGGCAUCACUUUUGGUUGACUUAAAUCGGAGAGUUAAUCCAGAAACUCCAGAAAAGUUAACUGUUUAUGGGAACAGCUCCACAAGCGUCCGUCUGCGUUGGUUUAUAAAUGGCAGCUUUGCUGAGAUCAGGCUUCUGUGUCAAAUUGAAAUCCGCAGUGGCCAUUCUGAGCAAAAACUGCACAAUGUCUCCAUGCCUGGUGGGAAGUUCUCAACCUACACAGCUCAGCUGAAUGCAUUGCACCCAUACACCAAAUACCAGUUCAGGGUGCGCUGUUCAGCUGCUGACCACUUCUGGAGAUGGAGUGACUGGAGUGGGACAGAGGAACACACAACAUUGGAAGCCCCUCCUGCCAGAGGACCAGAUAUCUGGAGAGAGAGAAGUCCUUCUGGAAAAAGCCUGAGAAUCUUCUGGAAGCCCUUAUCACUUUCUGAAGCCAAUGGAAAAAUUGUGUCUCAUGAAGUGUCCUGCUACCUGCUAGAGGAAUCACUGGAGUAUAAAGAAGUCACGGAGCCCUCAAACAGUACUGAGAUAAAACUUGGAAGAAAUGACUGUGUAAUUAGUGUUGUAGCCAAAAAUCAUGCAGGCUCAUCUCCUCCUUCAAGGAUAACAAGCGUGGAACUUCCAAGUGACAAUGUCAAAACAGAUCGAGCCGUGGCAAUGGGGAAUGGAAUUUAUAUUUCUUGGAAUUCGUACCCCAACAUGACCUGUGGCUAUAUAGUAAAAUGGUGUCAUUCAUCUGGGUCAGAACCCUGCAGUGUGGACUGGCAGAAAUUUCCUUCAAAUACAACAGAUGCAGUGAUAAAAUCUGCUCUGUUCAGACCUGGCGUGAGAUACAACUUUUCACUGUAUGGCUGCAAAUCCAGUGGAUAUCAGUUACUGAAAAACAUAACUGGGUAUACAAAAGAGCUGCCUCCAAAACGUGCACCAAAUUUUACUGUAGAAGAAACUUCUUCAGAUUCGAUAUUGGUAAAGUGGGAAGACAUGCCUAUUGAAGAUUGUCAGGGGUUUUUAGAAGGAUAUCGGCUUUCCUUCGCAAAAGGUGAAAAAGAUUCCUUAAAGCCUAGGCUUCUGGAAUCAGGAAAUCCAGAACUUAAAGUUAAGAAUAUCACUGACUUAACGAAAAAGUCUUUGAAAAUACUUGAUCUUCAAGGCAAAACGAGUUACCAGCUGGAUCUACAAGCCUACACUGCUGGUGGGUUGAGCCCUCCAAACAGCCUCUAUGUGGUGACAAAGGAAGACUCUGUAGGACUAAUCAUUGCAAUUCUCGUCCCUGUGGCAGUGGUUGUUCUGCUUGGAGUGGUGGCGAGCAUCUUUUGCUAUAGGAAAAGGGAGUGGAUCAAAGAAACAUUUUAUCCGGAGAUCCCAAAUCCUGAGAACAGUAAGGCACUGCAGUUUCAGAAGAACAUUUGUGAGGGGAAUAAGUCACUUAAAACACUGGAAAUGAAUCCCUGUACCCCAAAUAGUGUUGAAGUGGUGGAAACACAGUCUGCAGCUCCCAAAAUUGAAGACACUGAGAUGAUGUCCGCAACAACAGACACCAUUGUGCCUGAAGAUGGAUCUGACUCAGAAACAGAAAACCAUGUGGUUGUGUCCUACUGCCCCCCUAUCAUUGAAGAGGAGAUAUCAAAUCCCCCUAUGGAUGAACCUGUGGGGUUAUCUCAGGUGGUUUACAUUGACAUCCAGUCAAUGUAUCAGCCUCAAAUUAAACCAGAAGAGGAGUCAGAAAUAGAUUUAGUGACUACUGCGGGCUAUAAGCCACAAAUGCAGCUGCCUGUCAGUGCUCUGAAAAUGGAAAGUCACUCACCUGCCGAGGAAGAAUCAGAUAAGACAGCAGGUUACAGACCUCAAGCAAACGCAAAUGCCUGGAACAUGGAAGCUCCAGACUCUCCUGGAUCAGUUGAAAGCAACAAUGAAAAUGCAUCUUUUGGGAGCCCAUGCUCCAUUAAUUCCCGACAGUUUCUGCUUCCCCCAAAAGAUGACGAAGACUCUCCCAAGCCCAGUAACACGGGGUGGUCCUUCACACACUUUUUUCAAAACAAGCCAAAUGAUUAACAGUGAGUUAUCAUUGCACCUGAACCUGCCUUCUAAAUAAGCUCUUAUUCCUGAUGAAACAGGAUGAAAAAAGUACAAAAAGCAUGCGUUAUUCUUGGAGACAGUCAGCAGAGGUUCUAGUAAGCUGAAUGUUACCAUGUUUAAGUUAAUGAAAGUGUUGAUGUUCCAUUUUAAUAGAGGCUGAGGCCAGAAUUAUAGCAAUCUAGUUAUUAUUGUUGUAAAAUAUAUUGGAUAUAAGAGGUAUUGAGUUUAGAUCUCCUGAUAAACAUAGUCAGAGAACUCUGCUUACCUUCAGUGUUUGAAGGCUAGUGUGAUCUCAUACAACUCACAACUUGGAAAGAUUGCUUUGCUUUGUUGUAGUUGUUCUCAACCAUGCAUACUCAAAUGAUGUAGUCCCAACAGAUACACUCACUUGAAGAUUUCAUUUACUGAAAACUUCAGCCUAAUGUUUUAUAAGGAUAUGGUUGGAAACUCUUGAGAUCUUUUACCUAAUGAUGAACUAACAACAAAUCAAAGUUCUACUUUUCUCCCAUAUGUCACUGUUUAACACUUUUGAAGCAAUGGCCGUUCAAAGCUGUUGCUUCUUAACUAGACACUAGUUUCUGUACCUACUGUACAGUGUUUAUUCAGUGUUUGACUCAGGGGUACAAACUUGGGGAAAAAAAAGUGUAACACUGAUUUAAACCUCAACAAGAACUGCAUGAAGUUUAAAAAACAAAACAAAACAAAACAAAACAAAACAAAAAAAAAAAAAAAAAGCAAACAAAAAAAAAACAACCAUAGAAUAUUCUAUACUUUUUCUGUCCUGUUAAGGAGUUAUAUUUCUUGAUGUAUUGCACUAAUGCAUUUUGUAUUUUAUAGUUUGAGCUCCAGACCUCCUGCCUCAACUCAUACUCUAUUCAAUUCCCCCACAGUAUUCAGGAGUCUUUGCAUUAUGCAGCAAUGUAAGCCAUGGGGAAAUCUCUGACCACUAACACUAGUUGUCCAAGCCAUUUGGCACCAGAAAUCAGAUGCAGUACUACAGCUCUGUGAGAACAAAUUUCUCUUUGGAUGGUCUUCAUUAUGUUAGUGUUGCUACCUGCUGCCUGGCUGUUCUCCACAUUGUCCACCUGACAGGACCUUUUCCUACACAUCCUAUCUAGGAGUGCAAAGGGGGAUUUCUGCAGUGGCAGAAACCUUAAGAGGUUUUAAGGCCACUAGUUCUACCUCUCCUUUACUAGACAUGUGAUGCAAAGAUAUCUUAAAUGAUGUAAAUUUGUAUGCUUAAAGAAAUUUUCAGAACAAUCAUCUUUGAAUUUUUUUUCAUGUAUGCAUCUAUAGGCAACUGUAAUUGUAGUAUUUCACUGUGCAAAUUUCCAACUUCAGCACACUGAGUUUCACUAGCUUACAAUACAAAGUACUUUCUAAUUUACCUGUUCCAUAUUGUAAAACACAGUGAAGAGAGGUCAGAUCUUUAAGCACUUGAUCAAAAAGGGUUUUCAUAAAGUCAUAAUCAAAUCUUAGUGUAGAUUUCAAUUUCCUGAACCAGCUUGUGGCAUUUGAAAAUAAGAUGAAUGAGUAGAUUUCAAUCUGUGAUUUCUAACAUAUAAGGAGGCUGGAUUGACUAAGUUUUUAGCUAUAAUGGUGUGAGAACAGACCAGAAGGGUGGCUAAGCUUAGCAGAUGUUUGGUCUACCGAACCACAUGACCUGGCCAUCAAAGUAAAACCAAGCAUUAGGUUAAACCUAGUCACUGCAAUGGGUGUUGCAGUUUCAGAUACUGGCAUGUCUCUGCCAUCUCCAUAGAAUGAAAACACAGAGGGAUUUCAAAACAGACAGAACACUAAAGGCAAAACACUAAGAAGCUUCCAAAUCAUCAUCACUAACAACUGUAUAUGCCUUCUGGAAGAGUGAAAUGUAAAGACAGUAAGUUUAGAUGUGUUUGUGGGCCUGACAGAAUACACGGUCUGUCUGAAGAAUGGAAAGUGCAGAUCAGGUUCUGCUCUAGAGGAUGAAUUUUGAAAUGAACAGGGCUGCAAAUGAAAAGUAAGGCAGUGUGAAUAGCUGGUGUCCAUCCGUCGACAGGCAUCCCUACAAGAGAGCAUUUCAUGCCUAACGUAUUACUGCUUGUUAUUUAGUACACUAAAUUAAUACAUAAAAGGAAGCAGUUCUAUCUUUGUGCUUGAUAGAGAGGCAGCGAUUAUGUCCUAAUAGUAGCAGUAUUUUCUUUCUAUUCCAAAGCUCACAGUACCUUAUUUAAAGCCUGUUUUUUUUUUUCACUCUAACGUUAUUUUUUUGUUUUCUAAUGCAUUUUGUUCUAAUAAAUUUUAGAUUAUGCUUUUAACUGAAAGCAGAAGAUGUUUAGAACGGAAGGCAUGGGUAGUGUGGUUUAUUACAUUUUUGUUUAGUGGAGCAGUUUCUCAACACAGAGGAGCAAUUACUGUUAUAUGAAGAUCCGUAGGAAAAAGGAAAACUCUGUAGGGGAAUUGCUGAUCUCAGAGAAUAAUAGUGCUUUCUUAUGACUGCAUUUUGCAAGAAGCAACACCAAACCGAAGUUGUGGUUUUUAACUUGGCGGACUGGAAGCCAGGGUGAGCAGAGAGCUCUCAAAGCUCACAGGGAGCAACCUAGCACCUUUUGCAGUGCUCUCGAGGAGAAUCAGUUCAACACAAAUAUCACAUAGUCAAAUUCUCUUUCAUGUUGCUCUUAAUUUUCAGUAAAGGCAAAAUCCUUUAUUUCACCAUGAUUAGGUGGUAGAGAGUUCCUUUAACAUAGGGCUGUCUUUAAUGAACCAUAGCACUCUCACUUAAUUAUCCAUUGCUAUUUUUAAUUUUUUUUAACUUUAUUUGAUUUGUGUCCUGAUUCCCAGUAUGUAGGCAGAAGAGUCCCAUUAAGAACAGUGGCUUACUAUAUCUUUAAUCUUGGUUUAUAGCCCUGCAGAGGGGCUUCAUCUGUACACUACCAGCGAGGACUCCUUUCCAAUAUCUGUCUUAAAUCUUCUGCAGCAAAUCCAAAUACUGUAUUAAUGAGAGAAUAUGUGCUUAUUUAGUGUCCAUGUGAAGACACCCCUUGGUGUACCCCCUUGGCAGUAAGAGUAGACUUGCUUUUUGAGCCCAAGUGAUUUGUUAAACCAAUGAAGCAUUUUUAAGAAAGUCAUUCAUACCAAGAGCACUUUCAAAGCAUGGUGCUGUUUAACCUCUGGAUGUAUUGAUGUCAAUUGUAAGGCUGAAACUUUGGGAUUCAAAGGAGAUCAGACUCCUUGUACUUGUGCCUUUGGGCUUCCCAGUGAGUCUGUGUGGUCAAAUUAGAUGUGAGUGAAACCCCUUCUUGUUGUUUCUGAAAGAUGUAUUAAGAAACUAAAUGUAAUGCAUUUUCAUCAUUUUCUGAAAGAUCUUUUUCCUUUAUUGAACAUCUAUUUUGUUUUAAUUCUUUUGAAUUUUUGUUUGUUUGUUUUUUUUUCCCUAGAAUAAAAAAUGUAAAAAGGGAAAAGAAAAAAAUUCCAGAAGGGUUCCAAGUAGAAGAGCUUUUGUCCAAAACACUCCUAACUCAGUGCUUCAGUCCUCUGGUUGAAUCAAUGAACAGAGAUGUAGGGUGCCAAUGUCAAGCUGUUUCUUUCUGAAGCAAGUCACCAGUGUUGCUGCUUUUUAUUUUGAGCCAUGACUAUAAUAUGUGACAGUUGGGUUUGUUUUUUGUUAAGAUUUUUAGUACUGUUCAUUUGAUGCAUGGAACAUUGGUCAUGUCUGAUGUAACAUCAUGCACUCUUCUGUUCGACUUGUUCAUUAUUUUUGUUGUUCUGACUGACAUACAGGAGCAUACUUGGGAUCUUGAUUUUGUGUGUUAAAUUCUGGAGUUGUAAAUUUGAAUGUGAUAUACCUCACAGAACUACUAGUAAAUAUUUCAACAAAACAGUAAGCUAAUAUUACAGAUGGGCAGUGUAUUAUCUCCCCAGCUAUGUGGAGGCUGCAAAUGCAGACUUAGGACCUAAUCAGUGGUAUUUGCUGUUCUUGCUGACUCUAUUAUCCAUAGUUGCUGCUUUCAUGGGUAAAUUGUUUCUCAAAGGAAAUCAGCAGGCAUUUAAUCCAUCACAACACAAUUGGCAAAUGCAACACAUUUUUUUCACAUUUGAUUUAUGAGGGGGACCAGAACUUUCCUUUGCUGGGCACAGGGCAUCAGGGUGCUUCUGCUCAACUCAAGUUUCAGGCUGCUCUGAGGGGACACACAAAAGUCUCUUCUCUCCUUUUUUGUUUUUGACAAGUCCAACAGAAUAAAGUUAGAGCUGAAGGCAGUGAUAUUGUCUCUUAUAGUGUCCUCCACACUCAAUUGAAGAUAAAUGGUAGCAAAAUUGAGGGUAACUGGAUUUGUUGGAGGGAGAAGAUAUUUGAAUAUCACUAUAAAAAGGUGACGAGAAAUUGUAUCCUCUAUUUUUAGACAAUAAUUUCUUUGUAAAUAGCGUAUUUGUACCUAGAAGUAGAUAAAAAUAGAGCAAAAGAAUUUGAAAUAUGCAGGAAGAAAAUGUGAUAUUUCAAGAAUCAAGUUGCUAACAAGGCUCUGUACCAUAAAUCUAUCAAAGACUUCCCCUGUAAAUAGCAUGCUUUGCUCUGCCACAGGCUUUGAAGAAGACUUCAAAUCCAAUGGCAUCAGAAUUUUUAACACUAAGUAAGGUCCUAACUUUUCAUGCAAAUGUGUGAUAGCAGUAUUAUGUACCUAAGUGUGUAUUGCCGUACGAUUCCCAAAGCAUGGUUUUUGAGAGCCCUGUCCUUGACUAUAUGCCUUAGGAGUGCAUUUUCUCACAGGGGAAAUUGGCUGCCAUCUGCACUCCUCCCAGCAUCCUGUGCAGAGUUCGUGCUGCUGUGCAUUUAGCAGUGACUGAUGUUUAGAGAUGCUGUCAGCACAUCUGCAGAUUUGUUGUUGGAUUCUUCUUUGAAUUGGCAUUAGCAAGCCGGGGAGGACAUUCUUCGACCCCAAAUGUUGCAUACAGAGAUUGAGGAACACUGGAGUGUUUAAAAGCUCAUUUCCUCAUGCCUCUCCUAAGUUUUUAAAUAUCUUCAUAGAAGCUGGAAAACACUUUCUUCAUAACAGUUUUUUUUCCCCUCCUCCAUCAUUUAUAUAACUCUGGAUUUUCCCCAGUGUUUCUAUGAUAGUGUUUAUUUCCUUUUUGCACAUUAUGCAAACAAACCUCAAAUUAUAUUGGCAGGGUUUUCCAUAACUUUACAAGUUGUCCCAGUGUGCAUAACUAUGCCUCCUUCUCCCCCCUCCCCCCCCAAAAAAUGUCUAUCAACUUCUUCUAUCAACUUCUCUCACUUUUUCAACAAAAAAACUCUCCAGAAAAUAUGUGAGGACUGAGCUUCACCAGUGAGCUGGUCAGUGAGUAGGGUGCUGCAAGGGAUUGAGUUAAUCCCUUGCCAGUCUCACCUUCUCUUUGUGUCUCAGUGAUGCCAUGGUGAGCCAGAGCAAUUAGCAUCCUUAUCUUUUACUGUGUUCCUUAACAGCAUCUGUAGGGAGGAUUUUGAACAGUCCCAAAUCUGCUCUUCAGCUGGUGUUACUGGAAAGCAGGCUGCUGAAGACAGCUUCCACGAGCACUCUGCCAGCCACACAUUUUGCAACUUGCAAAUCGUAGUGCCCAGAGAGUAAUGUUUAACCAGAGAAUGCAUAAAAAUUGAAGGUUUUCAUUUUCUUUAGUUGGGAUGAUAAAAAUUCAAAAAGCUCCAUGUGGGCAGAGUAAAACAGAUGCUUGUAAAGUCUCAUGCCUUUUAGUAGCAAAACAAAUACAGAUACGAAACAGUCCUUAAACUUCACCAUGACAUUGUUUCUUUAAUGUGAUUUAAAGUGGCUUAGGGUAAACAAUACCCUAAGUAAGGUUUGUAGCCUGUCAGAUGGCCAGAAAAGAAGGUAACUCUCAUCUGAAACCCUACCUGAUGAUAAUGGUAGUUUGAACUUCAGUCCAGCUGUGGCACAAAAAACAGCAGAACUGGUGGAGUCAUGCAAGUCACCCAAAAAUUUGUUGUAUUCUAAUGCUGUUACUUUUAAGAUAUAUACUGUGAACAGGUUCAGUGGUUCAAUGUUCUGGGUUUUUUUUAGAUCUUUUUAUACCGUCUUUUUACAGCAUAAGUAAUUUUUUUAGAGAUGGUUUUGUGUUCUAUUUUUACAAAUAUUUUAAUGGACUUCUGUUAAAUAGUAGUGAAAUAUUGUUUGCCAAUUUGAAAUGUUCAUCUAUAAAAUUAGUCCUGAGAAUAAAUCAAUGAAUCAAUAAAUCAUCCUGUCAAAACAGUCAUCCUAAUGCACUAAACCUAACCAGUCCUUUAACAUAGCUCUAUUGCUGAAUGAUACUGAAGUUCUCCAGCUUCCAAAUCUAUUACUCAAAAAAGAUUUUCACAAUUUAAAAUAAUCAUACAGCACUUUAACAAAGUUGUAGUAUACCAAGUAAAAUAGUGAUUCAACAGUGUGUAUCAAUGAGAAAAUUUAUUGGCUUAGCAAUUAAACAUGCAUGCUUGAAAAUGGAAGCAUGGGAUCACGAUGGGGAAAUAAUAUUCUGGUGAGCUAGAUGACACGUGAAACUAACCUAAGACACCAACUUUGCAAAUGUUUUAAAACUAGUUUGCUUGGCUGUUGUAAUUCCUGUUAUAUUGCUUGUGUGUCUAAAAAUAUGCAUGUAUUUAACAAUUUUACCAUAGUAUUGCCAUGGAAUUUAAUAAAUAUAUUUUCUUACGCUCUUA